GGAGUAGCUCGGCGAGCGCAGUCAUUAUUGCGCCAGUCUAACACCCGCCAGCGAUCUUCCUCGUCGCGGCCGUGCCGUACUUUCCCAAGCCGAUUUCCGAGACCACUUUGCGGUACCAACGCGUCAGCAAGGGCGUGCGUGCGAGAGGAGAACGGCCUCGUGUGGCACGCCUCGUGGUCACCUCGCGAGCGCGCUGACUAUACGCGUCACGGUACCUCGGCGGUAUACGAUGAGACUCUUCUCGGGGAACGAGGAAAAUGUGACGUGAGAGACUGGCCUUCGGCGGGUCCUUCGGCGAGUGCGCGACACGCUCUGCGACGCAGUCAGUACGCGCGGGCGCGGGUCAUCCUGCAAAAUGACCGUCGCGAUGAGGAGGUUGCUGCCGACGGCGGCGGCGGUGUGCUGUUGGCUCCUGGCGCUCAGUGUUGCCCAGGUCGCCGGACAAUUAUUGGACACGGAGUUUCAGCCGACGGUGACGGCGACGUGCAAGGGCGGCUACAUGACGAUCCGCGUCAAUCUCAAUCAGAGUUUCGUAGGCGCGGUCCACGCGCGGGACCAUCGGACCCCGCAGUGCAUGGUGUCGGGCAACGGCACCACGCACGCCACACUGGGCAUCAAUCUGUUCGCGUCGCAGGACAGUCCCGAGUACUGCGGAGUCCUCGUGAACAACCACACGGAAGAACGUUCCAUUCCUAUCGCUGUUAGGAUACAUAAAACGCUGGAGUUAGCGGACGACAAGUUUUAUGUCAUUACGUGCGGAAAGGCGGGUUUCAAAAAUGCCAAGUUUUCCAUACGUGUGCUCUUCAACAAGCUCAAUUCCAGCGUGCAGCUUAUAGAUGACAAGGGCUGUCCCGUGAAAGUGCGAAUGACGAAAUUCAUAUACGAUCGAAGCACCGGUAAAGCGGAUGCCACAUUGUUGUCCAUGUUCCGGUUUGCUGACAGUUCAGAGGUGCAUUUCCAAUGCGACAUCGCCGUGUGCAGAGGGAGCUGUGGUACCCCCGUGUGCGAAGGAGACAAAGAAGAGCUGAUAAAGGGUGGCUCCUCCACUAACAGCCAAAGUGUUAGUAGUGAAGAAGGAGUGCUACUUGCCGGAACGAGCGUUUUCGUUCUCCAACCAGGCGAAAAACGAGUUGUACAAACAUUGUACGAUGACGGCAGCGUGCACCCGCUGUGGCUCCUGUGGCUGGCGGUGGCACUCGGGAUAUUAUUCCUCAUCAUGCUCAUUAUCAACAUAUUCCUGUGUUCGGCGAUGACCUGUAGCUGCACCCGGACCGACAUUAUCGAGAAGGAGCCGUCAAUCAUCGAGGAUUAUGAUCCGUACCGCAGCUGGCACGGUUCUCAAUACGGGUCGAGGUAUUCGUUAAACGGAAAGCAAGGAUACGCCUCCGGGGGAUCCACCAUGAACUCCACGAGGUCGAUAUCGACGAAUAGCGAUCACUACGCGAUAGUGCACUCCCGACCAGGAAGUAGAUACUCCGGUCCUGGACAGAAGCAUCAUCAUCAUCACAGAGGACCGCCGUCCAACAUCGGUUCACACUACUCCGGGAAGUGAUGCUUCCCGUUAGCUUCAUUUAUCAACAAAAAAAAAAGAAACUAGAACUCCAUUGUCUUCAUUAACGUUACUCUAAUUAAACGCAAAUUUUAUGUAUGUAUAUUAUAUAUGCGUCGCUAUAUGGCAUUAUCCCAACACCGCACGAACAGGCGUUCGGUUCCGUAAAACUGCCGACCGCAACCAUAGAAGAAUUUAAAAAAUAUUAUUAUAAGAAGUAUAAAGUUAAAAUAUUGAACAAUAUGCAAUAUAUUGAAUACAAUGCGUUAACACCUUUCUGAUUACAAAAGAUUAUUCGAAGGACUGACUCAUGCCAUUUACCGCUUUAUGGCUGAAAGUCACCUAUACUACAUUUGCCGUACUUGAGAUAAUUCAAAAGAAAAACUAUUGCUUUAACAUUAAAAUAUAAUAAAUUAAUAAUAACGGUUAAGAAAAUGUUAAUAGCUCAAUAUUACAUAAUGAUCCUUAAUUUAUCCUUUAUUUUUGACAAUUUGAAAAUUUUGCAGUGAAUGAUGAAAUUUAAUUGUAUGAUGCCGAGUAUUACACGUGUUUCACCGUUUUUCUCACAGAGAAAUACACGUAUUUUUUACUUUUGCACUUGUUAAUAUCAACGACAAUGAACACCUUCAUAGUUACGAGAAACUCGGAUUAAGUAUAUUAAUGAGGUAAAAUUUCCUACGGAUAAGCACGAUAUAAAACGAUACGUAUUACACAUUGGUAUUUUUAUAUUUAGCUUUUCUAAUCAUUCGUGAAAUGAUUCUCGUGCUUUAGACUGCGUAUGUAUCAUAAUAUAAUAGUCAUAAGCAUAAGCGCUAGAGUUUACAAAACUGCGCAUUGAUCUUAAAUAAGAUAUAUUAGAUAAAUGCUUUUUGUACAUAAAUUCAUUUAAUCUAAAAAA